ACCCAGAAGCGCCGCCAGGAGCUGAUUGCUCAGGCCAAUGAGAUUCGCAACAAGCAGGGCGCUGGCAAGACGGCUCGCAACACCAAGAUGGACCAACUGAAGCGCCUCGACGAGCAGAUGCGCUCCCGCAUUGCCGAGCAGAAGACCGCCCGUGGCAAGGUCGCUUUCAAGAGCGUUGAAGACCUCGACCGCGAGAUCGAGCGCCUUGACAAGCAAGUCAACAGCGGCAUGAUGAAGCUAGUCGACGAGAAGAAGGCGCUGGCUGAGAUUUCCAACUUGCGCAAGCAGCGUAAGAACUUUGCUCAGUUUGACUCCUCCCAGAAGGGUAUCGACGAGCUCAAGCAGAAGAUCAAGGAGCUCAAGGACAGCAUGGAAGACCCCGAGGCCCGCGCUCUCAGCGAGCAGUACAGCAAGAUCCAGGCCGAGAUCGACGAGAUCAAAGCCGAACAGGAUGAGGCAUUCAAGAACCUCAAUGCUCUGCGUGACGAGCGUAGCAAGCUGCAGGCCGAGCAGCAGGAAAAGUACAUGGCUAUCCGCAAGAUCAAGGACGAUUUCUUUGGCGCCAAGAGGGCGUACAACGAGUACGACCGUGAGGCCCGCAACCGCAUCAAGGAACGUCAAAAGGCGGAACGCGAGCGAAUCGACAAGGAGCGCAAGCUGGAGCGUGCACAGAAGAUGCUCCAGGAGGCCAGCGACCCUGCGUACAUCGAGGAGAUCCGCCGAGCUAACAGCCUGCUGCACUUCUUUGAUCCCUCCUCUGUCUCCUCCGAAAAGAAGGCCCCCCUGCUUGCCAGCAAAGGUUUGACUGCCGAAGCUUCGCGAAAGGUUGAUGACUCAGGUCUGAAGGGCAUGAAAGUAGUGUCCAAGAAGGAUGACGUGGACUACAUGCCAGCUGUUAAGAAGGGAAAGAAGAGCAAGAAGGCCGCCACGCCGGCUGAGAAGCCUGAGAAAUCCGGAGCCUUCAACUGCCCUCCCUCUGUCAUCGAUGAUUGCGCCUUCCUGAAAUUCGACCCGCCAAUGAGCGCCGCCGGCGUCCCCGCCUUUAUCGAGACAGUUAAGGAGAGGAUUGACUUCUGGAAGUCGAACCAGAAAGCCGAGACUCAGAAGGUUAGUUACGACUUAGUCACAAUACCCUACCAAGUUAAUUUUGCUAACCCCUAUUCAGAACGUCGACAAGGCUAAGAAGGAGAUCGAGAAGCUGGAAGCCGAAGAGGCGGCCGAAAACUCUGGCGCCGCAACCCCGAACGGUGUCAACGGUGACAAGAAGGUCGAGGCCGUCACGUCAGAUCUCAAGGAGGCUUCGUUGGAGGAAAAGAACGAGUAGCAUUCUGACCUUACCUCUGAUGAAAGCUCUCAUACUAUGAGUGACGAGGACUC